UGGUAUAAGGGUCGUGGCCCGGGAUAUCGAUUUGAUAGCAUCUUUUAUCUAAGGCUCGCAGUAUAAGAAGGCAGGGCAUCAUCCCCUCGCUACUUAUUAUUUCUCUCAUUUACGAUCUCUUCUCAUCAUGGCUUGUCCUUCCACUGUUACGACUAAGAAUCUCUCAGGAAAACUCAGACUCGUCGGUCCCUCCUUUGAUGUACUAUCGCAUAAUGCUGACGAUUUGUGGCAGAAUAAAGCGUUGAGCGAUGACAUCGAUGAGACCUUGAAACUUCAGGGUGUUGGCUACAUAAAGCGUACCGCUAUCGCCAACUUCACCCUUACACUGGAACCCGCCCAAACCACGGACGAUGAUGGCGUGGAGCACAUUAAUGUUAAACAGACCCUAUCGGGAGGCUUCAAAGCUCCUGCAGACCAUCUAGUUUUGAAUGCCCAGGAGGUUUCCAAGAACGAUGACCUCUUCGGGCAUUUGAUCGCCAAAAGUUGGCGAUCAAAGGUCGAGGAUCUUGAAAUCGAUUUCUUGAAGGAAGGUUGGUCAGAGGAUACUCAUGAGGAUGGCCUCAUCGCCGGUAUCGUGAAAAGUGACACCGCCAAAUCCGGGAGGGACUGGGUCAUAAACGUGGUCUGGGGUUUCGCCGUCGUCGAUGGUAUAAGGAGAUUUGCUCGACGCUUCAGAUUCACCACGAAAGAAAGGUCUGGACCGAUCGACGUCAGAUUGUACUACGACUAUCUGGAGUGAGCCUUUAAGAGAAGAAAUCAAACUGUGCCUGUAUAAUGUGUAUAAUGAACUUUUGAUCGAGUUGCAUGGUCUAUCCUUGCACUGGGUGUGAGGGACAAACACAUCUUUCUGAGUUUUCCGCGCUUUUGCGAUAGGCUGUUAAAUUAGCAAGGUCGACAGAAAUAUAAACAUAUUAAUCCAUGGUAACAAGUCUCAUUGACUAUGUGGUAUGGAUCAUGCCAGUUUUCACUGGAUUC